GCAAAUUGAUAAGGCUAGAAAGGUAUUUGAUCUGAUGGUGACCAAUGAAAUAGCUGACAUUUUUAGCUACAGCAUUUUGAUCAAUGGAUAUUGGUAUGUUUCAAGCAGGGAGGCCCCAAACUGCACAGGAGCUCUUUAAGAAUAUGUGCUCUCAUGGUCAACAGCCAAAUAUAGUAACCUUCUCAAUUAUGAUUAAUGGCUUGUGUAGGCAGGGUAAUCUGGAUGAAGCACUCACCCUAUUGAAAGAAAUGGAGGAAAGUCAGUUGAAGCCUGAUCUUGUGACCUAUUGCAUUCUGAUCAAUGGUAUGUGCAAAGUUGGGAAGAUUAAUGAUGCCAAGGAACUUUUUUCUAGUCUUUUUGAAAUUGGUUUACAACCUGAUGUUUAUGUAUAUAAUGCAAUUAUGAAAGGACUCUGCCAACAAGGAUUAAUGGACGAAGCGUAUAAGAUUUUUAGAGACAUGGAAAAGGGAGGAUGUUUACCGAAUAAUUUUUCUUAUAAUAUCAUCAUUCAAGGGUUUCUCAGGCAUGAGGAUUUACCAAAAGCAUCAGAACUAAUCAACGAAAUGGUUGAUAAGGGGUUCUCUGCUGAUGAUGCUACCACAGAAUUGGUAGUACAUUUGUCGCAGAAUAAUGAUCUCAUUCUAAGCAAACUACGAAAUCGUUCUGAGGCUUCUAAAGCUGUGCAAUGAGGGAUCAGCAAACUAAAGUUAUAUCUUGACCAUUCAAUGGUGUCUUGGAGAGAAACUUGGUACAUCUGAGCUUGAGCAUGGUGCAGUAUCUCUUCCACCAGUCCACAGGGUCUUUUCCCGCAUGCCUGAGAUGAAGAUGGAUUAAAUGAGCAAUCGAGGAUUUUUGUUGAUUACUUGUUGUACAGAUUUUGGGUUACUAUUUGUUUUGGCAUUUACUACAAAAAUAUGCUUUUAAUUAUACAUUUUUUGUGGUUGUACUAGAUUAUUUAUGUUCAAUUUUAAGUUCAAAAGACUUUUCUUUUUAUUGUAAUUGAAUACAUUAGAUUUGUGGUUGA